AUGUGCCCAAACGACACCAGCCGGCAGUCCAGAAGCAGGAUCUUCGGUCUCGGUGUUGGGAUUCGGAAAUCUCAGGAGUUUGCUCUUCGCUUCGAGCUGGAAAUUAUCGGUGGAGACAUUGGUAAACCCUCAGGAGUUCAGAAGAACGCCUCCUGUGCGUGCUCUCGUGGCAGGGCUCGGGAUCAGGGCCUCCAGUUGCCAGAGUGUUUCCGCUUCUCUCCUGGCGACGAUCCCACUGGAUCCCGGGUAGGGGGUGGGGGGGGCUUGGAGACUGUGGACUCAGCGGAUUUCCAUAGACGCUGGAUCCGUAAAAGAUGCGAUGCCCAGACCAUCAGUUUAACUGGGCGUAAGGCCUGGAAGGGGUCUGAAAGGCCUUUGUCUGCUGAGAAUGCUGCAUGCGGCAGACCGACCCGUCCAAACGCGCCUGCCAGAGAAGCUGGAUAA